AUGCCAUGCCCGCCGAGCCGAAUCAACGAAUAUGCCAUCAAACCGCCUCCCGCCCAAGAUGGCAGGUUUCUCGCUAAUCUGUGGGACACUCUGCAGCCAUUAUUCGACCAACACAAACCAGAUCCCGCACAUAUUACUAAACCUUUGGUAGAUAAAUUGCCGGACAAGGACAUCUUGGGAAGCUUCUUCAAUCUUACAAAUGGAGAGGCAGAAAAUACUAGGGCAAACCACAUGGAACUGGUAAAGAAACUACCACCAUAUCCCAAGGGACACUUUGGCGGCCGUGGCGUCGUCGUCCUUGCAGGGGGCAGAUACUCCGAUUUUGCGGCUACGUCGAUUGGCAUGCUCCGGGAAUCAGGAAGCAAGUUGCCAGUCGAGGUAUGGCUCAACGAAGACGGGGACGAGGCGUGGUGUAACGAACUCCCACUGGAGGGGAUGGUGUGCAGAAGGCUCACGGACUACAUGAACUUGGACGAUUUGCCUCAUCCUUAUCAGUGGAAAGUUUUUGCAAUGCUUUAUUCAACAUUCGAAGAUAUUCUUUUUAUAGAUGCCGACUCGAUACCAGUAAAGAACCCCGACUUUUUGUUUGACUCGGCUGUCUACAAAAACUACGGCGUGAUACUAUGGCCAGACUAUUGGAAACACACGGGUUCUCCAUUACUGCCGUAUCUCAUCGGUAUUAACAGUACCAGGGAAUCAGAUAUACUAGCAUCCGAAACCAGUGUUGAAUCGGGGCAGCUGGUUUGGAACAAGAAGACUCACUGGAAGAGCCUCGUUCUUGCUGCCUACUAUAACUACUUCGGCCCCGACUUUUGGUAUACUGUUUUCAACAAUGGCUGGCUAGGAUGGGGCGACAAGGACACGUUUCCCGCGGCUCUUAAGGCUGCUCAACAAGAUUAUUACCAAGUUUCUCAUGAAAUAGUCACCAUAUUUGUUCAAGGCACGAUCGAUGGUAUAGGAAUGCUCCAGCCAGAUCCCACCAACAAGGCCGAGCACAAGCCGCUAUUUCUACACAUGAACAUGAUCAAGUGGGGCGCAAGAGAUCUCCUGUGUACCGAGAAUUGCGACAAGUUUAAAGACCAGGGAGAUCACCCCUUCCAUAUGAUUGACGAAAGGUCGCAGAUCUACAAGCACCUGCGGGAAGGUAUGCGCGUCUUUGCAGUUGGGCAACUGUUCCAGGGCAACAUUGACCCGGAACCGGACAUGUGGCGGGUAGUGGAACACAAUGCCUGUAGAACUAGCCGGGCAAAUUGGCAUAUGUGCAAAAAUGCCCGGAGCCACAUGGAGAGAACCUUUGGCUUUGAUUUCACCGAGUAUCGCGAAGAGAUGAAUGAGGGCGGAAACGCAAACACACAAAUUUGCAUUGAGGGGCCUUGGGUGAAGCCAUCAAGAGCCAAGCCCAAGCCGAAGAACUGGGCUAAGGAUUAUGAGGAGACGUACGAGUGA